AUUUUCUGGAGUGUAGAUGAAGGAGCGCGUGUGAACAGGACUUUUAUUUUGAUGUGGAGGCAUGACGUCAUAAGGCUGCGGCGCGCUCCCGCGUCUGUUUCAGCUGGAGAAAGGACAAAGUGUCUAAACUCACAGAAAAACUCCUGCUGAAGCGACUGAGAUCCACGUGACACACGAUUAUAAAGAUGGAGAUUAUUAAAGAGGAAAGAGAAGAUAUUAAGAUUGAAGAAACAUUCAGCGUCAAACAUGAAGAAACUGAGGAACAAACGAAGAUGGAGUUUAUUAAAGAAGAGAGUGAAGAAACAUUCAGAGUAAAACAUGAAGAAAGUGAGGAAAAAACAGACCGGAUGGCACUGAAAGAGGAGAGUGAAGUACUGAAUGAAAUUGAAGAGAAAGAUCAUGAUUUCAUAAAUGGAGAAAAAUAUUUUAGUUGUUCACAGACUGAAAUGUCUUCCUCAAGAAAAGGGCCCCAAAAGAAAGCAAGUUUUUUCACCUGCCAACAGUGUGGAAAGAGUUUCAGUAAAAUAAAUAGUUUUAAAAGACACAUGGGAAUUCACGCAAAAGUGAAGCCUUAUGCCUGCCAACAAUGUGGAAAGCAUUUCGGUCAAAAAAUUACUCUUAAUAGACACAUAAGAAUUCACACUGGAGAGAAGCCAUACACAUGCCAACAUUGUGGAAAGAAUUUCUCUCAACUUGGAAACCUUGGAGCCCACAUGAGUGUUCACACUGGAGAGAAACCUUACAAAUGCAAAGAGUGUGGAAAAGGUUUCAACCGGAAAGGAAACCUUCAUUGCCACAUGGCAGUUCACACUGGAGAGAGUCUGUUCACCUGCCAACAUUGUGGAAUAAGUUUCAAUCAUAUACGACACUUUGAAGACCACAUAGGAAUUCACAUUGGAGAGAAGCCUUACACCCGUUCUCUGAGUGGAAAGAGUUUUGAUCAACAUGAAAACCUUGAAGUCCAUAUGAAAACUCAGAGAGAGAAACCCUACAAGUGCUCCGAGUGUGGAAAGAGUUUUUGUCAAAAACGACCCUUUGAAGACCACAUGAGAAUUCACUCUGGAGAGCAACCCUUCACAUGCCCUCAGUGUGGAAAGAGUUUCAAUCAUAAACGACACUUGGAAGACCACAUAAGAAUUCACACUGGAGAGAAGCCUUUCACCUGCCAACAAUGUGGAAGAAGUUUCAGCCGAAUAGGAAGCUGUAACAGGCACAUGAGAAUUCACACUGGAGAGAAGCCAUUUAAAUGUGGUCACUGCGGAAAUAGUUUCAGACAUAAAACGGCCCUUAAGUCCCACAUGAGUAUUCACAGCUGAGAGAACUGUAUUUAUGUCAUCAGUGUGACAUGAUUCAUGUAAUAAAACCAGAGAGAAGCCUUUACUGUGCCAUCAUUGUGGAAAGACUUGCAGAAACCAGACAAACCUGAGGUUCAUAGAACCAUCCACGAUGCAACUCAAAAUACAUGAGCAGUGUAUUUAGGUCUUGUUUACACCUGGGUUUAAAAUGUGUUUUGUUUGAUUGCAUCACAAAUAGACUGUCUCCAUA